AAAGUGAUGGAAAAGUUGCCCUGAUCGGAUCGGAUCGGAUCGGAUCGUGCGCAUGUGUGUGCGCGCGCGGAUCGUCUCCUCUGGUGGACGAGCGAGGACAGGAGGACGAAACUUUCCGAGCUCGAGUGACGGAUUCCAAACUGGACUGAGAGAAUAAUGUGACUGCACGGACGGAGCUUUUACGCGUGGACUCCCGCUGCUGCUGCCGCUGCCGUCGUCGCUGGACUCACUUUUGAGUUCAACUUUUCCGUUUGCAGUGGAUUUAUCCUUCAUCCUGGUUUUUGUUUUGUUUUGUUUGGGUUUUUUUUAUGUUUUUUUGUUGUUUUUGCACAAAGGAACUAAGUGAUUUGAAUGUGGCUGGUUGUUGCCCGAGCGCAGUAACGGGAUGAAUCCAAAGAAAGGAUAGAGCUCCGCUCCGUCUCUGCGCACUUACUCUCUCAUCUGAUCCACACACACACAACAUGUGCUGAGAAUUUGCGCUGUUUUUGGAGCUAUUUUGUGUUCUUUUUUUUUUUUUUGGACCGAGAUGCCAAAAACCUGCUGGUGAUAAACUGCUUCUGGGCUGCGUGUGUGUGUGUGUGUGUGUGUAAUCUCCCCCCCAAAACCCACAACCAAAAUCAAACCUGGGUUGUUUCAUUUUCAAACUCUGGAUUCUGAAAUUUGGCGUUUCCAGCUUGACAUGAAGGAGUGGAUGUCUAAAUUGCUUUUUGAAUAAUUUGGAUUACCCUAGGACUUUGCCCCCUAGGAGAGACAUUGAAUGAUGUCUCCAACUUUUAUCGGAUUUGUAUUUCUGUUAGGAAUUCUCCAUGUGUGCUCGGGAUCCCGUCUGCGCCAAGAGGACACCCCGCCCCGGAUUGUGGAGCACCCCUCUGACCUGAUUGUAUCCAAAGGGGAGCCGGCCACCCUCAACUGUAAAGCAGAGGGACGGCCGACCCCGACAGUGGAGUGGUACAAGGACGGAGAGCGCGUGGAGACGGACAGAGAUGACUCGCGCUCUCACCGCAUGCUGCUGCCCAGCGGCUCGCUUUUCUUCUUGCGCAUUGUCCACGGACGGCGGAGCAAACCGGACGAGGGCUCCUACGUCUGCGUCGCCCGCAACUACCUGGGCGAGGCGGUGAGCCACAACGCCUCGCUGGAAGUAGCCAUUCUUCGUGACGACUUCAGACAAAACCCUGCAGAUGUGAUCGUGGCCGCAGGAGAACCGGCCGUCCUGGAGUGUCAGCCUCCGCGCGGACACCCCGAGCCCACCAUAUCGUGGAGAAAAGAUGGCGUGAACAUCGACGACCGAGACGAGAGGAUCACUAUACGUGGAGGGAAGCUGAUGAUCACCAACGCUCGGAAAAGUGAUGCGGGGAAGUACGUGUGUGUCGGCACAAACAUGGUCGGAGAACGAGAGAGCGAAAUCGCUGAGCUUACAGUGCUGGAACGUCCCAGUUUUGUGCGUCGCCCAAGCAGCCAAGUGGUGUUGGUGCAACAGAGUGUGGAGUUCAGAUGUGAGGCUCGCGGUGAUCCGGUUCCCACAGUACGCUGGAGGAAAGACGACGGUGACCUGCCCAAAGGAAGAUUCGAGAUCCGCGAGGACCACACCCUGAAGAUCCACCGUCUGAUCUCGGCCGACGUCGGCUCCUACACCUGCGUGGCGGAGAACUUGGUGGGCAAGGCGGAGGCGUCGGCCACGCUCACCGUCCACGUCGUGUCUGUGCCCCCGGCGUUUGUGGUGAGACCGAGGAACCAGGUGGUUGGAGUUGGCAGAACUGUCACUUUCCAAUGCGAGGCCACUGGAAACCCACAGCCAGCCAUUUUCUGGCAGCGGGAAGGCAGUCAGAACCUGCUCUUCUCCUAUCAGCCCCCUCAACCGUCCAGCCGAUUUUCUGUGUCUCAGUCGGGGGACCUGACUAUCACUGAUGCUGAACGCUCAGACGUGGGAUACUACAGCUGCCAGGCCCUGAACAUCGCCGGCAGUGUGAUCACCAAGGCUCUGCUUGAGGUCACUGAUGUUGUGUCGGACCGCCCGCCGCCAGUUAUCCGACAAGGUCCGUCCAAUCAGACAGUGGCUGUGGACGGCACAGUGGUCCUCAGCUGCAUGGCAUCGAGUAACCCCACCCCGACCAUCCUGUGGAGAAAGGACGGCGUACUGGUGUCCACACACGACUCCAGGGUCAAACAGCUGGACACGGGCGCACUACAGAUACGCUAUGCAAAGCUGGGCGACACUGGAACCUACACUUGCAUCGCCUCCACGCCCAGUGGAGAGGCCUCAUGGAAAGCCUAUUUAGAGGUUCAAGAGUUUGGAGUCCCUGUCCAACCAAACAGACCUACAGAUCCAAACCUGAUCCCAAGUGCUCCUUCAAAACCUGAGGUCACUGACGUUACCCGCACCUCCGUCACCCUUUCCUGGAAGCCUAACCUUAAUUCUGGAGCCACACCCACCUCCUAUAUAAUUGAGGCCUUCAGUCAUGCAUCAGGGAGCAGCUGGCAGACCUUGGCAGAACAUGUGAAAACUGAGUCAUUUGUACUAAAGGGCUUGAAACCCAGCGCAGUCUACCUCUUCUUAGUACGGGCAGCCAAUGCCUAUGGGCUGAGUGAUCCCAGUCCCAUCUCUGAUGCUGUGAAAACACAAGAUAUCCCUCCCACCAGUCAGGGUGUGGACCACCGUCAGAUCCAAAGGGAGUUGGGAGAAGUGGUGAUCCACCUGCACAACCCCACCAUCCUCUCCUCCUCCUCUGUGCGGGUGCAGUGGACAGUGGAGCAGCAGUCACAGUACAUGCAGGGCUACAAGGUGAUGUACAGGCCUUCACAGGAGGGGUCGCAGCGAAGCGACUGGGCCGUGUUCGAGGUGCGAACCCCCGGGGAGGACAGCGCCGUCGUGCCGCAGCUUCGGAAAGGAGUAACAUACGAAUUCAAAGUCCGCCCCUUCUUCAAUGAAUUCCAGGGAACCGACAGCGAUGUCAAAAUUGGCAAGACGCUGGAGGAAGCCCCCAGUGCCCCGCCUCGCGAGGUUACAGUGACGGAGAGUGGGGACAAUGGGACUGCGAUCGUGGUCUCCUGGCAACCCCCUCCAGAAGAGGAACAGAAUGGGGUGGUCCAGGAGUACAAGAUCUGGUGUUUGGGGAACGAGAGCAGGUACCACAUCAACCGCACCGUCGACGGCGCAACCUUAUCCGUGCUGAUCCCCAGUCUGACCCCGGGGGUCCGAUACAGCGUGGAGGUGGCAGCAAGCACCAUAGUGGGACCUGGCGUUAAGAGCGACAUCACCUUCUUCCAGCUCGAUGCCUCUGGACGCAUGACGGAGACGGUGGCCUCAGAGAACCCUCUGUCCCAGCAGAUCUCGGACGUGGUGAAGCAGCCGGCCUUCAUCGCGGGGAUAGGAGCGGCGUGCUGGAUCAUCCUCAUGGUCUUCAGUAUCUGGUUGUACAGACACAAAAAGAAGAGGAACGGCCUCUCCAGCAGCUAUGCAGGCAUACGCAAAGUGCCGUCCUUUACUUUCACACCGACAGUGGCAUAUCAGAGAGGUGGAGAGGGUGUGUCCAGUGCUGGCAGGCCUGGCUUGUUGAACAUCGGGGAGUCUGCGACUCAGCCCUGGCUGGCUGACACGUGGCCCAACUCCUGCUCCAACCACAACGACUGCAGCAUCAACUGCUGCACCGCUGGCAACGGCAACAGCGACAGUAACUUGGCAACGUACAGCCGACCAGCCGACUGCAUCGCCAAUUAUAACAACCAGAUGGAAAACAAGCAGACCAAUCUCAUGGUGCCAGAGUCGGGAGUGUACGGCGACGUAGACCUGUCCAACAAGAUCAAUGAGAUGAAGACCUUCAACAGCCCCAAUCUGAAAGACGGACGCUUUGUGGGUCCGGGGGGCCAGCCCACGCCGUACGCCACCACGCAGCUCAUCCAGUCUUCCAUCAUGGGCAACAAUAUAAACGCAGACAGAGGGACUGGAGGUAGCGGAGGUGGCCCCGGGGGUGGAGGGGAGUUGAAUGAGAAACACUGCUGGAAGCCGUCUUCCAUCCAGCAGCAGAAACAGGAAAUGGGCUCCCAGCUGCAGUACAUCAUCAUGGAACAAAACAAGCUGAACAAGGAUCGCUGCAGAGGAGGCGACAGUCCUAUGCCAGCCACCAUCCCCUACAACCAGACCCACGACAGCCACACUGGAGGCUCCUACAACAGUUCGGAUCGAGGCAGCAGCAGCACAUCCGGGAGUCAGGGCCAUAAGAAGGGAAUGCGCACCCCCAAACUACCCAAACAGAGCACAAUGAACUGGGCUGACCUGCUGCCCCCUCCCCCUGCAAACCCACCCCCAAGUCGGACCGUAGAGGAGUAUACUCAUUCAAUGGAAGAAAGCUGUGACCCAGACACGCAGUCCUCCAUGCCCCCCUCGUACAUGUACCUGCAGCCUGAUGAGCUGGAGGAGGAAGAGGAGAUGGAGAGGGGGCCCACUCCUCCCGUACGGGGAGCGGCGUCCUCCCCCGCUGCUGUAUCUUACAGUCACCAGUCCACAGCCACUCUCACGCCCUCGCCCCAAGAAGAGAUGCAGCCCAUGCUCCAGGAUGCACCUGAUAGCCAUGAACGCAGGCGCCAUGUUGUGAGCCCCCCUCCCCCUCCCAGACCCCACUCUCCCUCACACACAUAUGGGUACAUCAACAGCCCACUGGCCUUGGACACUGACGGCAUGGAGGAGGACGACAUACUCGAGGAGGAAGAGGAGGGCGACGAGACAGAUACCGAGGUGGCCAAGAUGCACUACCACCACACCCACCCCCACACACACCCCCACCACGCCCAGAUGCAUCCCCGGAGGUUGCUGCUACGAGGGCUCGAGCAGACGCCCGCGUCCAGCGUGGGCGACCUGGAGAGUUCGGUGACGGGCUCCAUGAUCAACGGGUGGGGCUCGGCUUCUGAAGAGGAUAAUGUCUCUUCAGGGAGGUCCAGCGCGGUCAGCUCUUCGGACGGAUCCUUCUUCACCGACGCCGACUUUGCUCAGGCGGUCGCCGCAGCUGCAGAGUAUUCAGGCCUCCGAGUGGCCAAGUACCCCCACACGCAGGGCCAUGAAGUCGGAGGAGCUUCAGCAAGAAAAUACCAAAUAAACCCAGCAGGCCACCGGCCUGGAAGUCCGGUGUCUACAGAUAGUAACAUGAGUAUGGCAGCCGUACAUAGGAGGCCUCCUAAAAAGCAGAAACAGCAUCCUGCAGGUCAUCCAGGCGUCCAGCGGCGUGAUCCGUAUAAUGAAGAUCUCCCUCCUCCACCCAUCCCACCUCCGGCGGUGCUCAAGUCUCCGACGCAUCCCUCCAAGGCAACACUGGAGGGCCGAGGAGUGAUUUCCCCCAAAGCAGGCGAGGUGCGGGACAGGAGGGGAGGAACGGGAGGCUACAAGCCCCGAGACGGCUCGGACCACAGGACCAGCUCAUCUGAACGCAAAGACGCUCAGGAGAGACAAAAGCCUGGAGAGAAAGGGAAUAGACAUGAGGGUAGCACUGCCAACAAGGCACGCAGCCAGCAUGCAGGUUCAGAAGAUAUUCUGCCCUACAGCCGACCACAGUUCCCCACAGUCAACAGCCCCCGAGAUCCAAGCUCCUCCAGCUCCAUGUCUUCUCGGGGUUCAGGGGGCCGGCGGAGAGGAGAAGGAGGCCGCCGGAACCUUGCAGACAUGGGCCACAUCACCACGGGGGCCUUACAACCAGGAGAUGAAGAGCUAGAGAUGGUAGAAAGCUGAAGAAAGGAGGAGUCACAGGAGGAACUGUCCUGAUUUUUCCCCUCCCAUUGUUUCUCUUACAAUUUUAAAUAUCUCAGUAUUUCACAAUCAUGUUGGCUGCCAUCAUACGAUAUGUUAGUCGUGUUUCUUUACACCUGGAAAACAGAACAAUGUUUUUUUGUUUGUUUGUUUGUUUGUUUUUUUUUCUAACUGUUCAUUUUCUAUGUCCAUUUGACAAAAACAUAAAAAAAGAAAGAAAACAGGAAAGCGUGUCUGAAGAUUUAAAAAGAUGGUGCAUUCAAAACAAAGUACGCCGUAGUAUAUUUAUGUUUAAUUCCAAUGCAAUAUGGAGUGAGAUCUUCCUCCAGACAUUGACGUGACUCAGCUUGCCUUGACGAGAACGUUGGAGAGUCCGGUACAGUCAGACGUUGCUGUAAUGACAGAGCGAGCAGAGGUGGGACUGUAAAUAUACGUGUAAACAUGAUGUCCUUGUUUUUACCCAUCGUGGUUCCUUGAAUUUGUCUUUGUUUGUUUUUUUUUUGUUUUUUUGCAAAAAUUCUAAUUUUAUUAUGCCAGUGAAUAUAAAUAUUAUUUUAUCAUUUCCAUCCAUGUUUGUAAAUUGCAAUAUUAUUUAGCUGCCCCAUGAAAGUGCCACUUUGGGAUUUUUUUUUUCUUUUCUUUUCUCUCGUUUUUUUUUUUGUGUAAUGCACUGUUACGUUCCGUGUCGUCGUCGUCGAUGUUUGUUCUUUGUUUUUACUUUGGUUUUAAAAGCACAAUCACUAAACUUUAUUUUAAACCAUUCUAUCUAUUAACCUUUUUGUCUUACUGGAGGAAAACAGGUAGGACAAAAGAGUCUAGUUAAUCCUGAUGAUGAUGAUGAUGAUGAUGAUGUAGGUAAAGGUUGCUGUUUACGAAGGCUGUGCUUGAAAGGAGACUCCUUUCGUUUUGAUCGCCUCCCUCUCCACUUCUGACGCGAGCUCAAGUGAGGAAAAAAAAAAAGAAAAGAAAAAAACCCAGACAGUUAAUUAAUGUGAGUCAUAGCUGCAAUGUAAAUAUCUUUUUUCGCAUUGACCAUAAACCCAGCUAUCGCACAUUAAUGGAAAUGGUAAUGUUGUCUUCUUUAAUGCACUUAAAUGAAAAUUCAAAUACAGGAAAUAAAAGAGAGUCACUUUGGGGAAGCUGGAGAGGUUGUUAUUGGACAAGAAAGGGUCUCUUUUCUGGAGAAGCCGGGGGGGGGGGGGUCUCUGCUC